AUGGAGAUUUGGACACUUUUUAUUAGUUUGAGUGUAGUAGGGAUUUCCUUGGAUCCACUGUCCGUUGCUGUCUUUUGCAUUCUGCUGGAUGGUCAGAAAGGAAUCAUUGAGACUCUAACUCAAGACAGUUUCAGUGCCAAGGCUUCAACAAUGAAAUGUACUUUGCAGGGUACACCUCGUUUACCUGCAUUCUCAAAGGAUGGUGACUUUGUUAUUGGUGGUGCUUUCCUAAUACACAACACAAUGCAAACAGCGCUUUACAACUACACAACCAAACCUGAUUCUCUGAUGUGCAAAGGAAGCUUUAACGGUCGGGACCUGCGUUUUUCUCGUGCGAUGAUUUUUGCCAUUGAGGAGAUAAACAACAGCACAGAGCUGCUGCCAGGCAUUAACGUUGGAUACCAGAUCUAUGAUAACUGUGCUUCAGUACUUGUGGCAACUCAAGUAGCAUUUGAACUGUUGAAUCGUCAGGAUCCUGUGUUUUACAAAGACAGCGAUUGUUCUCAGAAUGGUGCAGUGACGGCUGUUGUUGGAGCCUCUGAAUCCACACCAUCCAUCAUCAUGUCACGCAUCAUUGGGUCCUUCAACAUCCCUCAGGUCAGCCACUUUGCCACAUGUGCCUGCCUGUCAGAUAAGAAGCAGUUCCCAACGUUUUUCAGAACAGUUCCCAGUGACCAGUAUCAAUCGGACGCACUGGCCAAGCUGGUGAAACACUUUGGCUGGACUUGGAUAGGUGCUGUCCACUCAGAUUCAGACUAUGGAAAUUAUGGGAUGGCAUCGUUUCUUGCUGCAGCAAAGAAAGAGGGGAUCUGUGUGGAGUACAUUGUGUCCUUCUUUCGAACCGACCCACAGAGCAAGAUCCAGAGAGUAGCUGAUGUCAUCCGCAGGUCAACAGCAAUGGUUGUUGUAGCAUUUACAGCUGCAGGAGACACACCUGUUCUGUUAGAGGAGCUGGCACGAGAACCCCCACCUCCUCAUCAGUGGAUAGGAACUGAGGGAUGGAUAACUGACCAACAACUGCUGGGCUACAGUUUCUGUGCAGGAGCCAUUGGAGUUACUAUUCCUAAAGCUGUUAUCCCAGGUCUGAGGGAGUUUUUACUGGAUCUUUCCCCCAGUGAGGUUGUCUCCUCCCCAGUGCUGACAGAGUUCUGGGAAGAUGCAUUCCAAUGCACUCUGACUAAAGAAAUGGACUCGGCCAAACGACUGUGUGAUGGCACUGAAGACAUCAGAAAGCUCAAGAACCCGUACACUGAUACAUCUCAGCUGAGAGCUACUAACAUGGUGUACAAGGCUGUUUAUGCAAUUGUUCAUGCGAUUCACAAGGCAGUGUGUCACGAUAAGAAUUCCACCACUAAGUGUGAGCCAAAUAUCACAUUGGAGUCCAAACAGAUUUUAACUGAACUACAAAAAGUCAACUUUUCUCGUAAUGGUUAUCCUGUGUCCUUCGAUUCAAAUGGAGAUCCUGUAGCUUUUUAUGAGCUGAUCAAUUGGCAGAAAAGUGACAAUGGAAAUAUCGAGCUGGUAACAGUAGGGUACUAUGAUGCAUCACGGCCAAAAGGCCAGCAGUUUCACAUCAACACGAAUAUAUCCUGGGUGGAGAGAAGUACACAAGUACCGGUAUCAUUGUGCUCCAAGAGAUGUCUACCAGGAACCCAUAAAAUAUUACAGAAAGGAAAACCCAUCUGCUGCUAUGAUUGUAUACCAUGUCCUGAAGGAGAGAUUAGUAACACGACAGAUUCUCCAGACUGUUUCCCGUGUCCCAGUGAAUCGUGGCCUAAUGCACAAAGAGACGCUUGUUUCCCCAAACCUGUGGAGUUUCUUUCCUAUGAUGAAGUCCUGGCAAUCAUCCUGGCUGCAUUCUCUGUUAGUGGGGCCUGUCUGGCCAUCAUAACAGCAGCUAUUUUCUUUCAUCACAGAACAACUCCAAUUGUCAGAGCCAACAACUCUGAGCUGAGCUUCCUGCUGCUCUUCUCUCUGACUCUGUGUUUCUUAUGUUCAUUAACUUUCAUCGGAGCUCCCUCUGAUUGGUCCUGCAUGCUGCGACACACAGCGUUUGGUAUCACCUUUGUUCUCUGUAUCUCCUGUGUUCUUGGGAAAACUGUAGUGGUUUUAAUGGCCUUUAAAGCUACACUUCCAGGUAGUAAUGUCAUGAAAUGGUUUGGGCCUCCACAGCAAAGAAUGACUGUUGUGUUUUUCACAUUUAUUCAAAUCAUAAUCUGUACUGUGUGGUUGUUACUCAGCCCUCCAUUCCCAAUGAAGAAUCUGAGCACAUACAAGGAGAAGAUCAUCCUGGAAUGUGCAUUAGGUUCUGCUGUUGGGUUCUGGGCUGUGCUCGGGUACAUUGGCCUGCUGGCUGUUUUCUGCUUUGUGUUAGCUGUUCUAGCUCGGAAACUACCUGAUAAUUUUAAUGAAGCCAAGCUGAUAACCUUCAGCAUGCUGAUAUUCUGUGCAGUGUGGCUCACCUUCAUCCCAGCAUAUGUCAGCUCUCCUGGAAAAUUUACUGUAGCUGUGGAGAUAUUUGCUAUUCUGGCCUCCAGUUUUGGACUGAUUCUGUGUAUAUUUGCUCCAAAGUGUUUCAUCAUCUUAUUUCAGCCUGAGAAGAACUCUAAGAAGUGUUUAAUGAACAAAAACUAAAUGAAAAAUAAUUUUUUAAACAACAUUAGCAAGAUAUCAGCCAAGAGAAACUGUAGGAAGAAACUGCUAAUAUUUGUUGCUUAAAAUUAUUUAAUCAAACCUUUAGGUUCAAAUUCAAGGGUCACCCUUUUUUCUACCAGACAUAAAAGCAGCGUGUCAUGGACACAUCAGAGAUGAGCUGAACACAGCAGGAGUUUGACUCCUUGAUAUUAGUGUACUUUGCAUCUGAUUGGCUAACACCAAUGCAACUCUACCACUGACUGUGUUGCAAUGUUGAUGUUUAUCUCCAGAAAUAAUACAAGCCUACAAGAGUUCUGCCAUGCUGUGGAUUUGCUAAUGCUAACAGUUAGCUUCUACUAGUCAAGAUGUUCUUUGCGGUUUCCUUGACCCUAAACCAACCAGCUUUCUCUGUCGUGAGUCAAUAUGAAUGAGCCCAUGAUUGUUAAGUGACAGUUUGAUGUAGAUCUGUCAUUCUUUUCAAUCCUAGAUUUUCACUGUCUAUUUUCUAUCAGAAGGUAAUGCAGGAAAUUAGGGUUGGAGACUAUUUUCAGGUUCAGCCUGCAUGUUAAACUCAGAGGGACAGAUUAGAAUCAGAAAUAAUAAUUUAAAACAUGUUUUUACGUUAAGUACCAAUUUUACAAGUUUACAGAAUCAAAACCUGGGUGCUGCCUUUCAGCAAAGUGUUUAACGUUAUCCCUCUGGCCACAGCAAUCCUUAUUAUCCAACUUCACUGAAUAGCAAACUGCUGUUAAAGUUGGAAAUUUUGUUAAUGAAAAUGUCUGCCAAUAAAUUAACAUGACUGUGACGAUUUGUCAGUGUUGUGUAUAACAAUGUGUAUUAUUGCGCCUGAGCUACAUUUGGCCCACCAGUGAUGAUGAUGUUGACGAUGAUGAUUAUGAUGAAACAAAAAAGAAAAUUGAGAUUAGAAUAUCCCUACAUUGUUCCUCAGUAGGGAAAUGUUUUUGUCCCAGUAGCAAUCACAUCCAUGAGAGUGAAGAAGAAGUAUAAGAAUAAAGAAUUAAUAGCUGUGUAUUGAACAACAUACACAUAUGCAAAAAGCAAAUAGCAAGUUCAAUUUUAUUUUAACUUAAUAUAA